CACGGAUAAUCAUUCUUACGCACUACCUUGGUAGUAACUAGUAAUACGUCUAGACAAGAUAUCAGAAUACAUUAGAACAGAAGAAAAACAGAUAGUGAUCGUGAAAGAAUAUAUUUACGAUAAGUUUAAAAACAACUGUGUUGUUAUUGGAUUUAAAUGUGAUAGUUGCGAAAUAUAUUUAGAUCUUUCUGGAUUUAUUAAGAAAAAGUGAAUUUAACCGGAUUGAUAGAUUGACUGAUAAAUAAUUAAAUUUACGGAACAUAUUAAAAGUAGUAGUACCUUUUUUAAUGGACAAUUAAUUUUAACUAUGCAGCAAAUGUUGACGUCAAAAGAUUUAACAGAAGAUCGGAAACACCCGUCGGCAUUUCAGCCCGUCGGCGGUGUGUUAAAAUCGCCGACGGCGGUCGGGAAAAAGAGAGACAGUGGAUAUGGUUCGGACUUUUCUCCUGCGGGUCAAAAAUCUCAGACCAGAAUGUUUACAUUUGACGACUCCGAUAUGGAAUCGGAAAUUUGUGAUGCAUUUGAUGAUAUCGAUAUAAGUGCAGACGAAGAUGUGUUUGUUGACCAUUUUGAACCUUUAAUUGAAGUGAUAGACGAAUGUGAUGAAAGUGAUGAGACUGAUAAAGAAGUUGAGGAGUUGUUUGAAGAACAUCACGAGGAACACACUGUUACCGGAAGUGUGCCAAUAUGCCGACCACAGGCCCCAUUACCGACACCGGAAGUUGAUGAUGAGAGAGAUUCAACGGAGCUCUGUUUGAUCUCCUCACCUUUUUAUCAUACAAACUGGAAUAAUAUUGACAGAUUUAUAUGCAAAAAUCCAUUCCGUCCUAUAGUGAGCCGCAGUGUUGGAACUCAAACUCCAAACCCACACUGUCAGCUAGUCCAGGAUGCCCUGCGCUCAAAACAGAUUGCACUUACGAGAGGACGUCUGCGUUUGCAGUCAAACAACGAACAAGUUUUCUGUCCGUUACCGGAUGUAGUUCCAAUGUCACGUGAUCGUUCAAUCAGUCUACCGGAUGUGCAAUCAUUCCACGAGCACGAACAACAUGUCGGCCGUGAACUUCGAAGGAUCAGUGAUGACUUCCAUUCCGUGUACCUCAGACGAUAUAAAAGAAGACAAAGGACAAGGUCCGAAGAGCCGAGAUUUACUGUUGAUCUUCCGGGCUGCUGGAACAGCCUACGAAGGUUCGUGUCCAGUAGUCCGAUAUUCCAGGCCUGGUCUGGAGACAAUCACUGACCAGUUCUGAUUCGUUCAUGGGAAUAACACCAUGGCAUGAAUUCAUCAUCCGAUUGCACGCCUCAUCACCGAGACAAAGACUUGGUAAAAGACCCUGCAACGCUUCCGUACUGGUCCUCGAACGAUAUACGGACGGCGAGGUGAGGUGUCCGCUAAAACACUCUUAUGAGAGACAUGGGGAACACUAAGGAGAAACGAAAACAAUCGCAAAGUCCUCCAUUACACAUAUAUAUGCAUAACAUUCUUGGGGACAGAUGUGUUUUGCCUUACAAGACUCAUUUACAUAGGGCGUGGCUUCGAGAGAGCAGCCCGUAGCCAUUUAAUGUUGUUAUUAACUCAACCCAAAUCAGCCAUACAACGCGAGUGCAUUUAUUACUUUAUUUAAAAAAAAAACAUCAU